GAUUUCCAAAUGUUCAUAAUAUAAAUAGGUUCUUGUGGAACUGUUGCGAGUAUUGUCCUGUGCUCACAGGUGAGAGCUUCUCUGGGAUGUAAGCCCAGAGCCGUGAUGCCAGACCAUUCAUUGGGCUUGCACAUCCUCUGCUUUUUAAUAGAGACAUGACUCUUCAAAACACUUGUACAGAUUUCCACUCCCACCAAUGAAUUUGAGUCUCAUUUGCUUCCCAUUCUCAAAACAGUUCAUUUCCUAACUCAUAAGCUUUGCCAUUCUAACAGUUAUGGAGUACUGACCGGUGGAGUAACUGGACAUUUAGUUUCAUAUUUACUCGGCAUUCAUCUUUCUAUUGUCUACUCGUAUCCUUUGCCUGUCUCGGGUACUUAUCUUCUCUGUAGGAAUCUUUUAUAUUCUUGACUAGUGCAGUCAUUUGCGAGUCCAGAGUGUGUCUGCUUAUUUUGAUGCCUUUGUAACUGGAAUUUAACGCUGAAGAUGCGUACAUUGCAAAUGGGAAUCACCCCAAGGCGAUGGAAGUUUGUAGGGCUUUCAUUAUUGUGAAAUUUCCUGAUCAUGUACCUUAGGUCAUUAUGCUAGAUAGUUCGUGGCUGACAAUUGAAUCCUACAAGUCUAUAAAGUUUUUUUUGAAUCAUUUUGUGAUAAUUUUAUCUUCUCUAAAUGCUCUCUUUUGUGUUAGAGAAGUCUCGUUUUUGGAUAUUGGAUUCUGAAUAUUGGUCCCUGAUUUUGUCUUUUUUUUUUUGGUCUUCAAUAUUUGCCUUAUUACUUUCUGGAAGAUUCCUUUUCUUCCCUUAGCUGGAUGUGUGGUGGUUCAAGUGGUAGAGACUCUCAGUUCAAACCCCAGUACCACACACAACACACACACACACACACACACAAACACAAUAAAUAAAUAAAUAAAUGCCAACCAAAAAAGCAUCAUCUCUUAUCUCCUUAUUUUGAGUUUUUCAUUUCUCUUGUCAUGUUUCAUAACCGAGAUAUAUUUCCCCCUGUGGUUCUAUGAGUGAUUUUACACUUCUGUUUUCUAUUGCUCAUGGUGUUGGUAUGAUAAGUUGUCUCCUAUGAGUGGGGGACUGUCUGUCUUAAUGGAAGUUCUGAGCAUAUGGAUGGGGCUUAGAGAGCUUUCACUGUAGGCCAGAGUGCUCUACUGGGAAUCUUCCAGUGAGUCAAAGUCAGCAUUUUUUGAUUCUUCCUCUAGGGUGGUUAGGUUUUGAAGAAUCCCCUGAUCUCCUGACUGGAGGGUAAGGGCCUGGCUUUCUUCAUUCUAGAAUCAGAAUACUGGGCAGUGGCCUGUUUUCACUGUGAUGUUGCCUUUCAACUCUGCCUGGGGAGCCAACUCAGAGGCUUUUCUUUUGUCCUCUUUGGCAAACAAGCCUUUAUAUCUGUUGCUGGGUGUCAGAGGCUAGGCAGUGCCAGCCAUGAAUCUGGGGUAUCUUACUUCUCAUCAUUUUAGCCUUCAGCCCUACUUGCACAGACACCUGGCCUUGGGGGGAGUUUUGCAGCAUGGAUUAGGUGAGUUCUCUGUGGAUAGCACUGCCAGCUUAAAAAGUUCAUUUUCUCAAGCCUAGUAAGUCAUUUCCCAUACUGCCAGUAUUUUAUUGCUGUUGCUUUCUCAUUUUCUCUUUUUUAAUGGCCUUGUACCUUUUUAAGACAGUGUCUUUACUUAGAUUGUUUUGGUGGUAUUGAGAAGGGAGAGAAUGAUUCUUGUGUUCAGUUUAUCAUCUUUAUGUGGAAAUUUGUCCACUACUGUCUUUUACUCUGCAUUUCUGAUAGCCACGGGAUGUCUUCAGAUAGGGCUGUGAUGUUGCUUCCCAUUUUACCCUCAUAAUGGCCUUGAGAUAGUACGAUAGCUUCUUGAAGAAGAGAUACAGUGCUUGGAGAAGCUAAGUAAGUCAUAAGGGCCAUCAUGCAACUCCAGGCAGUGGUGUGGCUUGCAUCUCAGGCUUUUCUGCCUAAUAUUUACACUUGCUCUGUUCCACUGCCAUUACUCGCUCCCUCUGUAGUGACUGUGUGGCUUCAGAUAGGCUGUGUCUUCUCUGAUGUUGGAAGUUGGAGUAUGGUAAGCAAAGAAGGCAUCCUUUCUGCAGAAGGCUUAUGUCUCUACUCUGUUGGCCUUAUUCCAGUGUAAGGAAAGGAUGAGACCCGUGAAAAAGGCACUGAAACAGCUGGACAAACCUGACAAGGGACUCAAUGUGCAAGAACAGCUGGAGCACACUCGAAACUGCCUGCUCAAAAUCGGAGACCGGAUAGCUGAGUGCCUUAAAGCCUACUCAGACCAGGAGCACAUCAAACUGUGGAGGAGGAACCUGUGGAUUUUUGUUUCCAAGUUUACAGAAUUUGAUGCACGAAAACUGCAUAAGUUAUACAAAAUGGCGCAUAAGAAAAGGUCUCAAGAAGAGGAGGAGCAAAAGAAGAAAGAUGACAUGAUUGGUGGUAAGAAACCGUUUCGACCAGAGGCCUCAGGUUCAAGCCGGGAUUCUCUGAUGUCUCAAUCCCAUACCUCACACAACCUUCACCCUCAGAAGCCUCAUUUGCCUGCCUCCCAUGGCCCACAGAUGCAUGGACACCCAAGAGAUAACUACAGUCAUCCCAACAAGAGACACUUCAGUAAUGCAGACCGAGGAGAUUGGCAGAGGGAAAGAAAGUUCAGCUAUGGUGGUGGCAACAACAACCCAUCUUGGGGCAGUGACCGGCACCACCAGUAUGAGCAGCACUGGUACAAAGACCACCACUAUGGGGACCGGCGGCAUGUGGAUCCCCACCGUUCUGGAAGCUAUCGACCCAACAACUUGUCCAGAAAGAGACCAUAUGAUCAGUACAGCAGUGACCGGGACCACCGGGGACACAGAGAUUAUUAUGACAGGCACCAUCAUGACUCCAAGCGAAGGAGAUCCGAUGAUUUUAGGCCUCAAAAUUACCACCAGCAGGAUUUCCGACGAAUGUCUGAGCACCGACCCCCUAUGGGUUACCAUGGCCAGGGACCCUCAGACCAUUACCGCCCUUUCCACACAGACAAACUGGGGGAGUAUAAACAACCCCUGCCCCCACUGCACCCUCCAGUCUCAGACCCUCGCUCACCCCCUUCUCAGAAGUCUCCUCAUGAUUCCAAGUCACCCCUGGAUCACAGAUCUCCUUUGGAGAGAUCACUAGAACAGAAAAACAACCCAGAUUAUAACUGGAAUGUUCGGAAAACAUAAAGGACAGCUCUGAAAGUGGGGAGAGAGAGCAGACAUCAUCAAGCGUGUAGACGUUUUGGUCUGGCUCGACAGCGGCCAGUUGUCUAGACUGGUGAGUGGUGUUCCUGGACAUGCUGCUGCCAUCAACUCACCAGCUGAAGGAGCACUUGAAGGAGUGGGAGGCGUUUGCCAGACCACUCAAGUUUGGCCUCUUCUGCACUUUGGCACCCAUCCCAUUCCAGCUGAUCCUGGCCUCCCACCACAGUGGGCUCGGAGGAAGAGGUGACUUGUGUACCAGCUUCUUUGAGCUGUUUCCCUGUGAAGGAAUUGGGAAUCUUAAGAGUCAUGAAUGUUUUAUUGCCAGGUUCUGUUUGCCCUGGCCUUAGGCACUGGUCAGGGGAAGGAAUUGGUGCAUGAAGGCUGCUGGGACCUACUGGACAGUGUGAUUGGGCUCACUGUGACAUGACAGAUGCUGCUGACUAGGAGAGGGGUGAAUGGGUGGGGGUCUCAUAUUGCAGGACUUGGAGGGGAGCAGGUGCUCCCUUCAAAUGUGUUUUUGGGAGAAAUGACAAACUUGGUUUCAUUAUGUGUAACCUACAGGGUGGGAGUGGGGAGGGGAUAAAGAGAGGGAAACAACUUCCACCCUGGUGUCCUCCCUGUGGACACUGAUUAUUCCCACAGUCUUUGUACAUUUCAAAGGUUUGGUCUCCUGGGUAGGCCCCUUUUCCAUUGGUGCCAGGGAAAACAGAGUCCCUUUGGCUGACUUUCGAGUUACUGUGACUUAGGUAACAUUGACAUCAAGUGUGGGUCUUACUUGACU